ACAGAGUGAUAUCAUUUCAUGUUUUGGUUUUGGUUUUGUUGAGUUUUGCUACUAUCGCCGCCAUGUCCAACGUUCCAAUUGUAGGCGGGAUCAGUCAGCUGGAGGGGAAUGAGAGGAAGGAGGCUCUGGAACUCCUCGAUGCCACCCUCGCACAGUUGGCCAACGGAGAUGGACCCAGCUACAAGGCACUUAAUGUAACCUCUGUGACGGGUCAGGUCGUAGCUGGAAGACUCAACACCUACGAGGUGCAGCUGGACAAUGGAUCCGAGAUAAAACAGGGCACUGUGCAGAUCUGGAGUCGCGCAUGGCUAAAGGAGAACGGCACCAACAUCAAGAUCAAGUUCCCGGGUGAGGACGAACUGGACCACACCUGGUAGAAGGUUUUACCUUAGACCUACAUACAGUUUAACUCUUAUCUUAAAUGUUAUACAUAUGUUAUAUACUGGACUUAAUUAUAGAUACCCUUAGGGGGGAACCAUAUUCUUGCGACCUCAGGUAGCGUACAGAAGAGAGCCUUACCUUUACUAUCUGGGAGGAUUUGUGUACAUUUGGUUACAUUAAAACAUGAUCCGAUGGAAAAGGUUCUCUUGGGUUUCAGGUACAAGCCGGUGAAGUAGGUUAUAAAACUGUUCCGAUGUUGGUUAACCAGUUCUGUUGGCAUAACCAGUUUGUUUAUAUCUCAAUAUAUAUAUCUCAAUAGGUGAAUCGUAUUAUCUUUUCUCUCAACUAUUGUGUGUGUUUAAUUAGUCAGCGUGGGCGUCAUCAGCGGUGUCAGUGGAUGUUACAAAUAAUAAUUCCCCCUUUCUUGCUGAUAAUAAGCUUGUUUUUUUUAAAUAAUCAGAAGACCUUUCGAAAACAAUAGACAUUAGUAAUUUAUCAGAAACACAACUGGCAACUGGUAACUAAACUAAAAGCGUCAGUAAACUCCACCCCCUAAAGUCAUAUAUUCAUUCUUAUCAACCUUCAUUGAAUAAUCAUUAUCUCUCGAAAAGUAGAAAUGAAAACUUUAAACAUUUGCUAACGACUGACUCAAAUAAAGGUGUACUCACACAGAAUGAUUAGUCCAUACAAUGUUAAUGCUCCUGACCUGGGCAAACAAUUAAAAUGAUAUCACAAAACGACAGGCCUGUGCAAAACCAAAGUAAAAUAUUAACCAAUAAACUGAAGAUUAAG